AUGGGUUUUCAAGUAGCUUACCAAACGCGGUCUAUACGAUGGAUCAUACCAAUUAUAGGCCUUGUCACAUGUGCUUUGACAUGGCUGAGGUUUCAUGACCCGCGAUUGCAGGCAGAUCAAGAGUCCUGGAAUGGACAAAAGGUCUCUGAUGAACAGAGGAUACAAGAGCAGGAGGCCUUGAAGGAACACCAGUUCCAGGACAGUAUUCAAGAUAUUAUGAAUGCUACACUAGGGUUUAGUAAGGUUUUGGCUAUCAACAUCCUGAGUCGGACAGACAAGCGCGAUCAAUUAGUCCUGGGCUCAUCACUGACCGGGUUUGUGAUUGACUUUAUCGACGGAGUGAAUGCAGAUGAGAUAAACCCCAAAACCUAUCCAUAUAACUGGAACCAAGAGCAUUCUGCCACGGAGUAUGCCUGUCUCCGAGCGCAUCUCAAUGCAGCUCAAAAAAUCGUCCAACAAGGACUUCGUACCGCCCUUAUACUCGAAGACGAUGUCGAUUGGGAUAUAUCAAUCAAACUCCAGCUACAAACCUUUGCCCACGCUGUCCGAACACUUCAAGGCACAACUCAAAAUCACACAGAUUCUCCUUACGGAGAUGAAUGGGACAUCCUUUGGCUCGGCCAUUGUGGUGCCUCAUGCAAGAACGAACUACCUUUUUACAUGAUUCCAGGCGACCCCACGCUUCUAAAAUCGACUCAUCUCCCAACUUAUUACCGUGGCCCUCCAGAGAAUAUAAGACCCGAUGACACACGACUUGUAUGCACUAUGGAAGAUGCCGCCUGCACCCCAGCAUAUGCCAUGAGCUACCGCGGUGCCCAGCGUGUCCUCGCCGCCUUAUCAGUGAACCCGUCCGGCUUCGAGGGUCAGCUCCAGACUGGGGACCAGAUUGAUCUAGAACUUGGUCGCAUGUGUAAGAGCGGCCUGCUCAAGUGUUUUGCGCCGUUUCCCUCUUUGACAGGAACAUACCGAUCUGCUGGAUUGCCAUCUAAGGGAACUGAUCAAAGUGGGCACGAGGGUGGAAUUCAAAUGGAGCGUGCAGCUAGCUGGGGUGUGGUGUAUAGCACAAUGCUCAAUAUCAAGCACAUUCUGCGAGGCGAGAGCGUGGUUUACGCGACAUGGCCUGAUGUUCAACAUCCCAACAUCAAGCCAGAGGAUAUACAUUUCGAACGAGGUUAUGUGUAUACUUACCGGUCGGAGGAGGUUUCUGACCCGGUUCCGAUUCCUGCGCCCGAAGAAGAGGUUGUUGAUGAAACUGUGUUUGCAGAUGAUCCCAGUUUCACGGAUCAGCCAUACUCGAUCAGCCGGCCACAUGCGACGAGAGGGUCACAUCUGAUGAAAGCGCCGGGAUCUCAAGAUCUAUCAUAA